AUGCGAGAGAGAAUCCUGGUAGUAGGAUUAUCAUCAAGAAGCUGUCACAUUGCUUCAACGAUGGUGGAAGAUUUGCCUGACAUCGAAUCUCGCUUUCAACUUGUACAUAUCCUGCAAAAUGACUCAUCAAAAUUUAAGACAAUGUUACUUUUAAGGACUUCGUUCACGAACCCUUGGUACACGUCUGCUUUCUUAUCCCACAUCUCGCAACAAGGAUAUAAUCACCAGGGAGCACUGAUGGGCACUUCUCUGCGAGUGCAAGUUUUAGACAUUUGCAAUUCAAAAUAUUCCCCAGGUCGUUUCAAUGCUCUAGUUGUACUUUCGUUAGGUCAUCUUUGUCCAUUUUGUUGCACUCUUCAGCAUAGAGUAGUUCUUCAAAGAACUUAA